UCCGCAACGAUACGUGUGACGUAGAAAAGUGCAUGUUCGCACGUGUAAAGUUUUAGCUCUAAUCUUCAAUUUAUUUUUAGUCUUAGUUAUAAAUUGUAUUUAAAAAUUAAUUAACCAACAGGUUUACUUAAAUUUUAUUCGUGAAAACCUGUAUACUUGUUGUUCGUGAUCGUUUCACAGCCGUGUAAAGAUGUGAAAUAUAGUCAAGAAAUGUCCAAAGAAGGUUAUAGUUCCGAAAAGAAAGAAGGUGAAAAUAAAGUUUUGCUCUUAGAAAGACUGCAAACGUAUCUAAAAGACAAGAAGAGUUCGGACGUCUCCGAAGCGGGGCUCAGUUACAGCAAACCGAGCACUAGUUACGAGCACGACCAUCCACCACCGUUCCUCGAGGAAUCCUCCAACAUAUUGAGAGACGUGCUGAACCACAAGAGGGCGGAACUGCUGCGGCAACCGGAAAUAGUAGCUUUUUUAAAAUCUGUCUCUUCUGACUUGAAGAAAUAAAGAUGGCUGUCGCAGCUCAGAAGAGCAUUGCGUCGCUGAUGCGCAAGACGCUGGACCGGCAAGAGGCCACGGCACGCAUCAACUUUAGAUUCAAGGAGCGACAAGUCGAGAAGAUUAUCCUACGUGUAGUUAAAGAUAGAAACUCUGUCCCUUACAACGAGUUAAUCAAAGUGCUUAGAGAAUAUCCUCUAAAUGACGAUAACUAUAAGAUCUUAAUAGAGGAUUGCUUGACGUGCGUGAUGUUAUUAGGACGCGAGUUUAAGCAGUUUUUGGCGCUUGUGUGUAAGGUGGACUGGUCGGGGCGUAGCGAGGAGUGUGUAGAGCUGUUUGGCCGUUUCAUACUUAAUCUGGUAACGGCACACACAUACCACUGCCCUAUGGUGCUAGCUAAUUUAAUAACACAAUUUAAAGCUAAUGGUGACAAUUGGGACGAGCAUCCGCCAGCUGAGACUGUAAAAUUAUGGUCCAACAUACACUCCCUUAUUGCACAAAUAGUUGCAACAAUGCCUAUGACCAGUGAUCUACUAAUGCAGAUAGUGAUAGAACAGUUUCCAUAUUACAAAGCUGGGUGUUUCCCCAAUAGGGCAUAUAUACACAAUCUGAUCUGGAUGACCAAGUACCUUCCAUCUCUUAGGGAACAUAUCAUGACAGCUAUAGUUAUUAGAAUGGUAGAAAUGGACUCGAACAUAGUAGACCGAGCAAAGAACAAACAGCCGGAGUUGAUGUUCGAAAUGGAGACGGACGAGAAAGACGAGCUAGCCCCAACAUUGGAUUACUGUAUGCUCGAGAUGCUGCGGUGGCUGGAGGAUGAGCGGGAUCCGGUACUGUUCACUAUUUGCAACGUGUUUGAGAGGAUUGUACUGCCUACACAUGGAAUCAAGCACGUCCAAUUCCUCCUACUGUACGCGACGUCGAUCAGCCAGGCGUGCGCGGACCGCGUGCUGGAGCGGCUGUGGGCGGCGGCGGCGGGCGCGGGCGCGGGGCUGCAGGGGGGCGCGCCGGCCACGCGCCGCACGGCCGCCGCGCACCUCGCCGGCCUGCUGGCGCGCGCCGUGCGAGUGCCCAACACCAGACUGAUCCACUACUUGAGAAAUAUGUCGGAAUGGUGCCACUCUUAUAUAACGGCGACGCAAGAAACUACCUCCAACGACAAUACGAAAGUUCACGGCGCCUUCCACGCGAUCUGCCACUCGAUAUUCUACCUUGUGGCCUUUAAACACCACCAUCUGUUCGCUAGCAAAGAGAAUGUAAACUUCGUUGAAUCCCUAAACCUGCCUCGGCUGGUAACCUGCAACCUGAACCCCCUCCGCACGUGUCCCCCACAAGUGACCCGCGGCUUCGCGUCGGUCACCAGGUCUCACCAGGUCGUCUACUGCCAAGCUAUUAUUGAGAAGAACAGUCGAGUGACGCUCCAAGCGUCCAAUGUCCAGGAGUAUGAUGAUUGGUUCCCGUACGACCCUUAUAUGCUGCCUGUGUCCGGUAAAAUGAUCUGGCCCCUCUGCGUCGAAUACAAAGAUUGGGGCAGAGACAACGAAGACGAAACUCAAUAUUCCGGCAUGAAACGGAAGCUAGAAGAGGAUGAUGACUUCCUUAUGACUGCCAGUCCUUCGCAGAAACUAGCUAGCUCGCUUUCCAACUGCGUUUCACCUGGAUUUAGGACGAGUGAGAGUGUCAUGUAAGGGUCUCCCCAGAUAUAUCAACGAGCCCCGGCAAAAUCCGAUAGGAUAAAGCUUUAUAUCCGCGCAAUAAGAGCGAAAAAGCUGUCGACGCGUCAUCAGGCGUCGGUCGAUGCGAGCCGAACGACGACUUUUUCGCUCUUAUUGCGCAGACAUAAAGCUUUUACCUAUCGGAUUCUGCCAAUUUCGCGUCGACAUAAUAUGAGUGGGAACCCUAAAUGUGUUAAUUCCUCAGCAAUCUCAUUCCCCUGCCUAUACCUAUUAGCAAAUUCCCAGGAGAUUCCGCUAAGCAGUUUGUUGUAAAUGGAACCAUGAUGGGACAUGGCACAGGUUACACCGUCACCAAAAUCGAGAUGCUAAUAGAGCAGAAUCUCCUGGGAAUUUGCGAUUAGGCGAUUUGCCAGGGGAAUGAGAAUUUUGUAGAAUGACCCAAAUAUAGACUCAAGUAUCAUAGCAUUAGGGUAUAAACUCUGAUAUUAAGCGCAAACUAGAUAUAGAUUUUCUAAUGACUGCCAGUCCUUCGCAAAAACUAGCUAGUUCACUGUCCAACUCUGUAUAUCACCUGUAUUCAGAACGAGUGGGAGAGUUAUGUGAAUAUCAACCCUAUUGUUAUAAUAUUAAAGUACGAACUUUCUUACCCAAGGCAUUCUCUAUAUAUCUUAAAGGUAGGUAGCUCGCAGUCCAACUGCAUGUUGCCUGGACUUAGCCCCCCCCCACAUCUGGCGUCUUUCGAGCGUC